UGUCGGCGUCGGCGCGGGUUCAGCGCGGCGAAGAUGGCGGCCUCCAUCUGGGUCCGCGCUGCUGUGCUCCUGCUUUGUGCGUCUGACCUCUGGCUGCUGCCGCCCGGUGGGGCCUCAGCGGCCGACAGUCCGGCCGGGACGCCUGACGAGGCCACGCCACCGCCGCGGAGGAAGAAGAAGGACAUCCGCGACUACAACGAUGCAGACAUGGCGCGUCUUCUGGAACAGUGGGAGAAAGAUGACGACAUAGAAGAAGGAGAUCUUCCAGAGCACAAGAGACCCUCGGCCCCUGUGGACUUCUCAAAGAUAGACCCCGGCAAGCCUGAAAGUAUAUUGAAAAUGACAAAGAAAGGGAAGACCCUCAUGAUGUUUGUCACCGUGUCCGGCAACCCCACCGAGAAGGAGACAGAGGAGAUCACCAGCCUGUGGCAGGGCAGCCUGUUCAACGCCAAUUACGAUGUCCAGAGGUUUAUCGUGGGGUCGGACCGUGCCAUCUUCAUGCUUCGUGAUGGGGGCUAUGCCUGGGAGAUCAAGGACUUUCUGGUCAGUCAGGACAGGUGUGCUGAUGUGACCCUAGAGGGACAGGUGUACCCUGGCAAAGGAGGAGGAAGCAAAGAGAAGAAUAAAACAAAGCAAGAGAAAGGCACAAAGAAGAAGGAUGAUCCGAAACCCAGGGCUUCCAAGGAAGACAACCGGGCUGGAAAGAGGCGAGAAGACCUGUAGCAGGGCUGCAGCUCCUGAGGGAGCAGGCAGGAAGCCACACACCAGUGACCAGUCCCCGAGGAAGGGUCUGUCUGCCACCUGGCCAGCUGUGGGCAGUGUCAGCAUUGCUGGCAAAUGCUUCCAGUACAAGGCAGAGGUUUUCUGGCUAAUGCUAGACACUGAGGAUCUUGACUACUCCCAGUUACCUCGAGCAGAAGCUUGACUGUUGCUUCUUCCAGAGUCUGGUGAGCUGUGGACACCCUUCUCCACUGCCUGCUCCCGUGGCCUGUCCCAUGGCCUGCUGUGUCUGCUUUUGAUUUUCUGUGGACCAUACAGAUGUCAGGGCCUCGGGGCUGUAGGAGUGCGGCAGCCGUUGUUUUCCUGCAGUGACGAUCAGGUGCAGCCAGGAAGCCAAGUCUUGUGAAGGUCCGUGAAGGUC